CACCACGUGACCAACGUUUGAGUGCCGCUGGCCGUCAGCUUCCGGGACGAGUCGGAUUGUGUGAGUGUGAGGGAAGAAGGAGCAGCGGGAAGGCGAGGCCCAGGUAGAAGGCAGCGGCGAGGGAAGUUAACUGUCACGGUUAACUGUGCGACAUGUCGACUAACAGUAUCGGCUACAACGACCAAGCCGGGGAUGCGCAGGCGGAGGUGGGCCAAGAGGCGACGCCCACCACUGCUUCUUCCUCGGUGCCGGCGGCCUUCGGGCUCUUCAGUAGCGACGGGAAGAAAAAUGAAGAUCUGAAGCAAAUGUUGGAAAGCAAUAAAGAUUCUGCCAAAUUGGAUGCGAUGAAGAGAGUUGUUGGGAUGAUUGCCAGAGGGAAAAAUGCAUCUGAAUUGUUUCCGGCUGUAGUGAAGAAUGUAGCAAGUAAAAAUAUUGAGAUUAAAAAACUUGUAUAUGUUUACCUGAUGCGCUAUGCAGAGGAGCAGCAGGACCUGGCACUUCUGUCAAUUAGCACCUUUCAGCGUGCUCUGAAAGAUCCUAACCAGCUAAUCCGCGCAAGUGCAUUGAGAGUUUUAUCCAGUAUCAGAGUGCCAAUUAUUGUUCCAAUUAUGAUGCUUGCUAUCAAAGAGGCAUCCACAGAUUUAUCACCUUAUGUUAGAAAAAAUGCCGCACAUGCAAUCCAAAAGCUUUACAGCCUUGAUCCCGAGCAAAAAGAAUCUUUAAUUGAAGUUAUAGAAAAACUUUUGAAAGAUAAGAGCACACUUGUAGCAGGGAGUGUUGUGAUGGCAUUUGAAGAAGUGUGUCCAGACAGAAUAGAUUUGAUUCACAAGAACUACCGAAAGCUCUGUAAUCUGUUGGUUGAUGUGGAAGAAUGGGGACAAGUUGUCAUUAUCCACAUGCUGACUCGGUAUGCACGCACACAGUUUGUGAGCCCUUGGAAAGAGGAUGGAGUAUUUGAGGGGUACAAUGAAAAAAACUUCUAUGAAUCUGAUGAGGACCACACAGAAAAAAAUCAGAAAGAGAACAAGCCGUAUUCCAUGGACCAAGAUCACCGAUUACUCAUUCGAAAUACAAAGCCUUUAUUACAGAGCCGAAAUGCUGCCGUGGUCAUGGCGGUUGCACAACUUUAUUGGCACGUAGCACCGAAAUCUGAAGCCGGCAUUGUUGCUAAAUCAUUAGUACGUUUACUUCGAAGUAACAGGGAGGUACAGUAUGUUGUUCUGCAGAAUAUAGCAACCAUGUCCAUCCAACACAAGGGCAUGUUUGAGCCUCACUUGAAGAGUUUCUAUGUUAGGUCAACGGAUCCAACUAUGAUCAAAACAUUAAAGCUUGAAAUCUUAACCAACUUAGCCAAUGAGGCUAACAUAUCAACUCUUCUUAGAGAAUUUCAGACCUAUGUGAAAAGCCAAGAUAAACAAUUUGCUGCAGCUACUAUUCAGGCAAUAGGCAGAUGUGCAACCAACAUCUCCGAAGUGACUGAUACAUGCCUGAAUGGCCUAGUGUGUUUGCUGUCCAAUAGAGAUGAAAUAGUAGUUGCUGAAAGUGUAGUAGUCAUUAAGAAACUGCUACAAACACAGCUAGCACACCAUGGUGAAAUAAUUAAGCGCAUGGCCAAACUCUUGGACAGUAUUACUGUUCCUGUAGCGAGAGCCAGCAUACUUUGGCUUACUGGAGAAUACUGUGAACGAGUUCAAAAAAUAGCACCUGAUGUUCUAAGAAAAAUGGCCAAAAGCUUCACUGCUGAAGAUGACCUUGUAAAGUUACAAAUUUUGAAUCUUGCAGCAAAAUUGUAUUUGACCAACUCAAGACAGACAAAAUUGCUUACGCAGUACAUAUUAAAUCUCGGCAAGUAUGAUCAAAGCUACGACAUCAGAGACCGUACAAGAUUUAUUAGGCAGCUCAUUGUUCCAAACGAGAAGAGUGGAGCUUUAAGCAAGUAUGCCAAAAAAAUAUUUCUGGCACAAAAGCCUGCUCCACUGCUUGAGUCUCCUUUUAAAGAUAGAGAGCACUUCCAGCUUGGUACAUUGUCUCAUACUCUGAACAUGAAAGCCAAUGGCUACCUGGAGUUGUCUGAUUGGCCGGAGAUUGCACCUGACCCUUCAGUGAGAAAUGUAGAGAUAAUUGAGUCGGCAAAGGAAUGGCCUUCAAUAUUAGGGAAAACAAAGAAAGAAAAACCCAGUGAACGAUUCUACUCUGAGUCAGAGGAGGAGGAGGAAGAUGAUGAAGACAAGGAAAGUGAUGAUACCUCGAGCAGUAGUGACAGUGAGAGUGAUUCUGAUAGUGAAGAAGGAAAAAAGGAAGGACAAGGAAACAGCAGUGUGGAAAGUAGUAACAGUUCUUCUGAAGAUGAGAACACUGGAAAAUCAAAGGCCAAAAGGAACUCUAAUGGAACAGAAAAAAAUAAAGUCAAAUCUCAAAAAGUACUAGAUUCUUCAAGUUCAGAAUCAAGCUCAACUGAGGAGAGUUCUUCAGAAUCCAGCUCAGAAAGUGACUUCGAAAGGAAUUUGGAAGCUAGAAAAUCACUGCGUGCAGCACAUCCUCCCAAGAAAGAAGAGAACGCAUUACAAGUUAACAGAGCUGCCACUAAGCAAGAAAUGUCACUCUUAGAUUUGGAUGACUUCAAUCCUGUAUCUGCUCCCACUGUACUUCCCAGAUCAUCAAUUCUUUCGCCCACUUUAACUGCUGACCUAGAAGGUUUAAAUUUAUCAAGUUCUUCUGUCAUUAAUGUCAGUACUCCAGUCUUUGUGCCAAUGAAAACACAUGAACUCCUUCACCGAAUGAGUGGAAAAGGAUUAGCAGCUCAUUAUCACUUUUCAAGACAACCAUGCAUUUAUAAUGAAGAAAUGGUAUCUGUCCAAGUGACAUUAACUAACACCAAUGACCAAAAGAUGGAGAAUAUCCACUUAGAUGAAAAAAAGCUGCCUGCUGGCAUGAAAGUGCAUAUGUUUAACUCAAUAGAAUCUCUUGAACCUGGAAAAUCUAUUACAGUCACAAUGGGAAUUGACUUCUGUGAUUCUACUCAAGCUGCCAGCUUCUUCUUGUGUACAAAAGAAGACCAGUUCAGUGUUAGCAUUCAGCCUCCUGUUGGAGAGUUACUUUUACCAGUAACUAUGUCAGAAAAGGACUUCAAGAAGGAACAAGGAAGGCUGACUGGUAUGAAUGAAACAUCCACUACCAUCACUGUUGCACCACAGAACUCCACUCCCUUAGCAAUAGUGCAGAAAGUGGUGAGUGUAGCCAACCUUGGUGUGGUUCCUUCUGGUGAAGAUAACAUUCACAGGUUUGCAGCUAAAACUGUGCAUAGCGGGUCACUGAUGCUAGUCACAGUGGAGCUGGAGGAAGGGUCUACAGCGCAGCUCAUCAUAAACACCGAGAAAACAGUGAUUGGCUCUAUGCUGCUGCGGGAACUGAAGCCUGUCCUGUCCCAGGGGUAACCUGCUUACAUCUGGACUUCAGAAUCUGGCACACAACAAAAGUGCCUGGCAUCCACUACUGCUGCCUUUCAUUUAUAAUAAUAGCCUUUCCAUCUGGCAUUGGGGGAAGAAUACACUCUUGACAUUCUUGUCUCCUGUUUUAGAAUGCUAUGGUGUGCAUCUAUCACACAUGCAAGUGCUUUGCAUUUUUCCUGUUUUGUAACCAAAGAAACAUGUAUUUUUCUGUCAGCUACAUUCUUAAAUGUUAUUUGUAAGGGCAGGGGGGAGACUUAGCUUGUUACUCUUUUCAUCAUAUUCACCCUCCCCCCAACAUGUAUUUCAUAAAAAUAAGAACAGACCAAGGAGUGCUAAAAUCAAAAGAGUAAAAUAAAUUUUGCAGAAAUUAGUAGCAUAUACUACAUCAUGUACUUUCAUAAGACUGGAUUUGCUGGAUGCAGAGGCAGAUGGAGACAAAUGCAAUUUUGUAGUGUUUAUUGACCAGCUACUAUAUCUUUCCGUUCUUGAGCAUCCAACUGUUUACCACAACUGCCAUAAUCACUAUUUUCUGAAAACUCGGAUUCUAAUAAAGUCAUGUUUAUGAUAAA